AUGGGAGCUGAAAAGAUACUUUCAAUUUCAGAUCUCGAGUCUGCGGGCUCUAAGAAGCUUCCAAUCGCAACUAGAGAUUUCUUCAACUCUGGUGCAACAACUCAAGUUACAGUUCGGGAGAACUCAACCGCUUACCAAAGAUACCGAAUUCUCCCCCGAGUCCUGAAAGAUGUAUCCAACGUGAGCACCAAAAUCCCUCUGUUCGGCCGGGACAUCGCCUUCCCACUUUGUGUCUCCCCAGCCGGGCUACAGGCAAUGGCACACCCAGAUGGCGAGCUAGCGACAAGCAGAGCAUGUGCUAAGCAUGGCGUGAACAUGGACGUCUCUUCCUAUGCUAACAACUCCGUCGAACAAAUUACAACCGCAGGAAAAGAGAUAGGACCUAUUCAUCAUGUCAUGCAGCUCUACUCGAUGAAAGAUCGUGAGAAGGAGGAACGAGUCAUUCGUCGUGCUGAGGCUGCUGGGUGCAAGGCUAUUUUCCUGACGGCCGAUAGCCCCGUGCUGGGUGUGCGGUAUAACGAAUGGCGAAACCCGUUCCUGCCUCCAGCUGGUCUGUCGUAUCCGAUGAUGGAGAAAACGUCAGAACAGAUUCAGCAGCAGUCGCACGAUGAUGGGUUCACUUCGUUCAAUAGUGAUUCGCAUACUUGGGCUAAAGAGAUCCCUUGGUUGCGCAGUAUUACUAAGAUGGAGAUUUGGAUUAAGGGUGUCUUGACGCCUGAAGAUGUGGAGACGGCUAUUGAGUACGGAUGUGAGGGUGUGAUUAUCAGUAAUCAUGGUGGAAGACAGCUGGAUGAGACUCCAGCAACCAUUGAUGCUCUUCCGGAUUGUGCGAAGGCCGCUCGAGGUCGGAUUCGCAUUCACAUUGAUGGAGGCAUUCGGUCGGGUACUGAUAUUUUCAAGGCAUUGGCUUUGGGUGCUGAAUGUUGCUGGGUUGGUCGUCCGAUGCUUUGGGGUUUGGCAUACAAUGGACAAGAGGGAGUGGAAUUGAUGCUCGACAUCUUCUAUCAGGAAUUCAAACGAUGCAUGCAAUUGGCUGGUUGUCCAACAAACAAGAUGACCGACUCCCCCACCCCAAAGGCGCAACACAUAGCGCACACCCUCCUUGCUCGUGCCCACUCCCCCGACUCAGCAGAACAACAAUUCACUGAGCGCGUAAAGCAAAAACCACUCUACCUCCGCCCAACCUCCCCCUCCGCCCAAGACAACCGAUCCAGACGCCGCCUCCACCGUCUCCGCAAGAAAGAAUAUUUUAUCCGUCAUCAGCGCCCGCGGUCUCUAUCUGCGCGCGAAAAGCGCACAUCGGGCCUCUACGACUUGCCCAAAGACGAAUGCAAGCAUGCUAUCUUCAAGGGCCUGCAUGCGCUGUGGGUCGGAUAUAUGCAAGAGAUUUUGGAUCUCAAGGUCGAGGGGAAGGGUGGAUUGGUGACGCCGGCUUCGCAUGGUGCGAAGCUUGUCAGUGCUGAUUUCCACGGUGCGGAGGUGGAGGUUGUGCGGAGUCGAUGCGCUAGUCGGGUGGGUGUGAAAGGAAUCGUUGCGCGGGAUACAAAAUUUACAUUCGAGGUUGUAACGGAGAAGGAUGAACUCAAGAGUCAGUAUUCUUCUUUGGUUCCAGGUUAA